AUGGUAAACGAGGACGUAGAUUUAAGGAGUAAACCCGGCGUGGGUGUGAUGCCGGGGUCUCCGCAGGGUUCGUCUCGGGUUUCCGGGAAAUUCGGGACGGGUCCUGUCAGCUUGAGGAAGUUGAUGGACAAGUUACAAGGGAAUGGAAGAGUUGUGAGUCCGACCAAGGAGGGUCGUGACAAAUUAAGUUGGGAAGUAAUAGUGUUGGAUGAAGUAUCACUUCACUCGCGUGGGCUUGAAUGCCGCGAUUGA